CUGAAAUUGAAAACCCGGAGAACAGAGAAAAGGUUCCCCUCUUUGAAUGACAGAAACGCAGCACGAUGUGGAGCUUCAGCUUGCUCCUCUUCUGGGGGUGUUGUCGUAUAUAUAGCUGUGAAACGCCCACAUCAAGCCCGCUGGGAUCAAAGUCAUGGCGUGAGAAGCUGAACUUGAAGGGGACGGCUUUUGAAACGAAUGAGUGUGUGGAUACCACCAUCUGCCCAGCUUAUGCAACCUGCACUGACACUUCAAAAAGUUAUUACUGCAGCUGCAAAAAAGGAUUCCUGUCUAGCAACGGACUGGCACAGUUCCAGGGCUCAGGAGUGGAAUGCAAAGAUAUAGAUGAGUGUUCUAAGAGGCCCACACCAUGUGGUGCUCACUCAGUCUGCAAAAACCUGCCUGGGAGAUACAAGUGCAGCUGUUUGCCUGGUUUCUCUUCUCCUACUGGAAAUAACUGGAACCCGGCAAAGCCUGGUCGUUUCUUCUGUACAGACAUCAAUGAAUGCCUCUCCAGCGGGGUCUGCCCAGAGCAUUCUGAGUGCACCAACUCCUUGGGAAGCUACCGUUGCACCUGCCUAGCUGGAUUCUCUUCUAGAAACUCCAUCUGUGAAGAUGUAGAUGAAUGUGCAGAUCCAAAAUCUUGCCCAGAGCAUGCGACCUGCCACAAUAGUCUUGGCAGCUACUCUUGUGUCUGCAACCAAGGAUUUGUUUCCAGCAGUGGAAACGUGAGGUUCCAGGGCCAGGGAGAGACGUGUGCAGAUGUGGAUGAAUGUGCAGAUCCCAAAUCUUGCCCAGAGCAUGCGACCUGCCACAACAGUCCUGGAAGCUACUCUUGUGUCUGCAACCAAGGAUUUGUUUCCAGAAGUGGAAACGUGAGGUUCCAGGGCCAGGGAGAGACGUGUGAAGACAUUGAUGAGUGCCUUAAUAAGCCAUGCCUUUCCAAUGCAAGAUGCACCAACACCCCCGGGAGCUACUUUUGUACCUGCCACCCUGGCUUUGCACCCGGCAAUGGACAGCUGAACUCCACAGACCAAGAAACAAAAUGUAGAGAUAUUGAUGAGUGCCUCCAAGAUCCAUCACCGUGCGGUCCCAAUUCCAUCUGCACCAAUGCCCUGGGCUCCUACAGCUGUAGCUGCAUUGUGGGCUUUCAUCCCAAUCCGGAAGGCUCCUGGAUAUAUGGCAACUUCAGCUGCGAAAGGGCUCCCUUCAAGUGUAAAGAAGAUGUGUUAGCCAGAAAUAAGCAGGUCCAUCUAUGCCAAACGAAAACAGCAGUGGAGCCUGAAGAUGUUGCCUUUUGCACACAGUUGAAUGCCGUCCUCAGCAUGCUGGACGAUGCCUGUGAAAACACAUCUGCCGUCGUUUCUCUGAAGGAUAUGGCUGAGAACAUUUCUUCCGUGCUUGAGCAAACGUCCACCUCGUCCAACCUCACCAGAGAAGCAACAUCCACCCUGGCCGUAGUCUUACUGGAGAGCGUGAAAAGAACCACGCUGGCAGCUUUCCUGAAUCCCUCGGGCAAUGUCAGUCAGACUAUUCGGACGGAACACUUAGAUGUUAAUAGCAGAGUUAUCAAGAACGAAUGCUCUGAAGGGAACAUGGCCUUUAGCUUGAAAGCCAAAGGGGAUAAGAUGACGAUUUCAUGCUCCACAAUUAAAGAAUCUGGAUCCACAGAGAUCAGUGGGGUGGCUUUUGUCUCCUUUGCGGGUAUGGAGUCUCUUUUGAACGAGAGCUUCUUCCGAGACUCUCAGACGCCCAUGGCCAACUCCAAGAGGAAGCUGAAGAUUAAUUCUCGUGUCGUCGGGGGCAUGCUGACAGGGAAGAAGAAAGACGGCUUCUCUGAGGCAGUCAACUACACUCUGGAGCACCUUGAGCCAAAGAAGCAGACUGAGAGCCCCAUGUGUGUUUCCUGGAGCACUGAUGAGGAGGGCGGUAGGUGGGUCCCGUCUGGCUGUGAGAUCAUUGAAGUUUCCGAGACACAUACCGUCUGCCGCUGUAAACGAAUGGCGAACCUGGCCAUCAUCAUGGCUUCUGGGGAGCUCACGAUGGAGUUCUCCUUGUUCAUCAUUAGCCACGUGGGCAUGAUCAUCUCGCUGGUGUGUCUCGUCUUGGCCAUUGCCACCUUCCUGCUCUGCCGUGGCAUUCGCAGCCAAACCACCUCCCUCCACCUGCACCUCUGCGUGUGCCUCUUCUUGGCCAAGCUUCUCUUCCUCACGGGUGUAGACAAGACUGACAACGAGACGGUCUGCGCCAUCAUCGCGGGCUUCCUGCAUUACCUUUUCCUCGCCUGCUUCUCCUGGAUGCUGGUGGAGGCCGUGGUGCUGUUCCUCACGGUUAGGAACCUGAAGGUGGUGAAUUACUUCAGCUCUCGCAACAUCAAGAUGCUGUACCUCUGUGUCGUUGGCUACGGGCUCCCAGGGGUGGUGGUGGCUGUCUUGGCCAGCGUGCAACCUCAGGGCUACGGGACGCCUGAUCGCUGCUGGCUGAAGACAGAGACAAAGUUCAUCUGGAGUUUCCUGGGGCCAGUCUGCGGAAUCAUCGUGAUCAAUUCCAUCCUCCUGACUUUGACAUUGUGGAUCCUGAAGCAGAAGCUUUCCACUGUCAAUGCUGACGUCUCGACGCUCAAAGACAACAGGUUAUUGACAUUCAAGGCCUUUGCCCAGCUCUUCAUCUUGGGAUGCUCCUGGGUCUUGGGCAUUUUCCAGAUCGGACCCAUGGCUGGUAUCAUGGCCUACCUGUUCACUAUCAUCAACAGCCUGCAGGGGGCCUUCAUCUUCAUCAUUCACUGUCUGCUCAACCACCAGGUUCGAGAAGCAUACAGGAGAUGUUUUACCAGGAAGGCCAAAUCCAGUUCCCAGGUGUCCCAGACUUCAGGGAUCUUUCUGUCAUCCAUGUCCUCCAAUUCCAAGACGGAGAGAGACUGCGUGGUUUAUGGUUAAAGCCCCUUCUUGCUUUCAAGUAUGCUAUGGAGCAACAUUUGAGCACAGCAGGUGCCUGGCAGGAGCCAACUCUGAAAUCUUCUCUUCUUGGCUUAAUUUGGAAAUGCGGGGUCUCCCCAGCCCCAGAACACUCUGGGCCGUUUGGAGCAUGGAUGGGCGGGGCGAUCCUCCCAUGGUUUCAUGUGCUGGUGAGAAACGAGAGUUUCCGUUCCAGAUUACCAUUUUAUCUUCCGUGUUCUGCAACCCUUUGAAUUUCCAGAGUUUUGUGGAAAUAAUAGACCCCAGUGCAAUGGCAUGACCAAGAACAUCCAGCUACCAUUUUGUUUUCCUCUAAGUUCUCUGGUGCGUGUCUCUAAGUGUGCCUCUCCAGCACCUGUCUCGUGCCUGACACACACAGCAGCCCUCAGGGAAUGACUUGUCAUCUGACCGACUGGCUGACGUUUUGACACAACCUCUUCCUGCUUUUAAAGGAAUGGUCAGUAAAAUGCUAAUGAGAGCCCCAGGGGAUAAAUAAGGGGCAUAGUCGUAGAGGCUACUUUGGCACAAAGACUGAAAAGAGUUAUGUUGAUAAUCAGGAGUGAUUGAUGGAGCAGAAUUCCAGCGUUUCAUGGAGAGUUGAAGUAUGUGAUGACAAAACCCUUGGGAAAACCUUCUAAUUUCUUGGGACAUUUCAAGGAAGCAACAUCCCCCUUCCUUCCAGGAACUUUUUUGUGACUUGACUAGGACUCGCACUACUCCCAAAGUUAUCGCCGUCCCACCUUGCUCUCCGUCUCCCAUAAAAUCUUGAGGGCCACGGAGAGAAGGAGGAGAAUUUUAAAUGUAGAUCUCCUCCCUUCCACAGCCAGUCUCAAACACACCUACUCAAGGUGUGGUCCAUGGACCAGAAGCAUGAGCAUCAUUUUGUUAGAAAAGCAGCAUCUAAGGUACCACCGCAGAUCUUCGGAACCGGAACCUGCAUUUUAACAAGAUCCCCAGGGAAUUUGUGUUGUACACAGGAGUGAAUGUUCUGGCAUAUUCUAGAGUAUUCUUUUGUUUUCCAUGCUGACAGAAGAGCUUGUCUUUAAAUCUAGGCAGGAAAACAUAUCCUCGACUUUGGGACUUUGCAUCUGCCAUUCUCUCUUCCUAGGACAACUUUCCUCAAAAUCGGACUAAUUUCUACCCUCUCUUUGAGUCUCAGCAUAGUCAUCAAUUUCACCAGGAAGCAUUCUUUGAAUCUCUGGAAGUAGGAUUAGGUGUCACCUCUGUGUGUCCUCUAAGGCUUCAUGAUUUCUAGCCUUGUGUGAUCAUUUCUUCUCUUCUUGAGUGUCUCCAACUGGACUGUGAGCUCCAUAAUUACAGGGAAUGGCAUUCAGUUGAUUCUCCAUAAAUAAGUUGAAUGGAUGAAUGAAUGAUUACUUUCCAUUUUGAAGAUGAAGAAUUUGAGGCUCAGAGAGGUUAAGUAACUUUGUCAGCAUCACACAGAUGGCUGGGCUGGGCUUCAAGUUCCUGAUCACAGAGCUCCUCUUCCAGACCCCUAGUCCUUCUCCUUCUCUUUCUUGGACCCUAGGAAUUCUUAGUUUGGGGAUACAAAGGAGAUGCUACAUAUUUACUUUGAGUCAACUUACCAUUUAGGAUUCAAUUAGCUCAGUAAUCACCCUGUGCUGAACAAUUUGAUCACAGCAUUAAACUUGGUUGAUGCAGGCUCAAUCUUUGUUAUUUGUGCCAGCCACGACUCGGGAGGGGGGCUGACACAUGUUCAUUUAUGAUAGGUUGGUCUUCAAUGCUUGGCUUGUCCAGUGUUCAAUACAGAGGUGACAAUUCUAGGGGAUAUUGAAGCAAGAGAUGGCGUGGCCUUUACCAUAGCCAAUUGUGGUAGGUUGAUUGCAUCAAUGGCCUCAAGAAUGGUUUCCAUGUCUCCAUACCCCUUCCCUGGAGCUUCGUAACCAUUCCUGCUCUCACUCUGGCUUGGCCUUGAGACUUGCUUUGGCUAAUGGAAUGUCAGCAAGCGUGACUCAAACAGAGUGUGCAUUCCUUCUUGCCCGUUACAUGAUAAGUCUCACUUGUUCUUGCACCCCUGCCUCCGCCAUGAGCACGUGCCCAGGCUGACCUGCUAGAGGGAUGUGAAAAAUGUAUGGAAGACAGUUAAGUCAUCCCAUUAUACCAGCUGAGGUUGUCCUUAAUCAGCCAUCUGACCAACUUGUAGCUGACUACAGUCACAUCCGUGAGCCCAGUCAAGAUCAGCAGACCUGCCCGGGCAACCCAGACUCAGGAGCCACAAUCAAGUACCAUUAUUUUAGGGCACAGAGUUUCAGGAGUGGUUUGUUAACGAAGUAUUCUUGGUGGAAGUUGCUAACUGAUUCAGCAACCAAUGGAUUGUCAAUGUUUUGCAUUUGACUGCAACAAUUUGGAACAUACAAAGAGGGUGAUUCGCAUCUUCAUUUCCUCUUAGCUGUCAGGAUCUGUAAAUCUAAAACGCUUGAAUAAAGUUCUUUCUG